AUGUAUCUGCUGACGUCACAGAUAUUUGACGGCGACUCCUUCUCAUCACCGACUGUUGGAAGCCCGCUCUGUGGAACAACCAGUUCGUUUGACCUGGUAACCACCAACCAGACAUCAACAACAGUUCUUGUCAGGUUCACGUCGGAUGCUGUCAACACGUCUGUUGAGCAAGGAUACUACGGAUACAUUUCUGAGUGGGAGCCAGAUCCAUUGAGACCUGGUAACUACACCGAGGACAGCGGUAGUUUUAAAACUCCCGGCUACCCCGACGUCUACAACGACGAAGAGGACGUCAUCUGGACCAUCACCACAAAGCCCUACAAGACCAUCACACUGACCUUUCAGGACUUUGAGCUUGGGCCAUGCUGUUCUAAUAUGAUAACUGUCGUCGAAAACCUCUACUACACGAUAGCUAAUAUUUAUUAUACGGGUACAGUUUCACCGAUCAUCAGCGACAGAAACAGCCUUGAAGUUAGAUUAUUUUCUUUGCUGGAUAAUGGUCUUAACAAGUUCAAGGCUUCCUGGACAUCAGAAUGUCGGCAAGUCUUCCAGAGUCUUGAUGGAACCAUUAGCUCCCCUAAUGACCUGGAGUUUAACACCUCAUCAGCAGACUGUACCUACAUCAUUAGACAACAACCAGGAUACUACAUCAGGAUACACUUUUCUUCGAUCAGCUUUGAGAGGGAUGCAAAGUGCAGGAACUACAUAGAAAUACACGACGGCAGUACAGAGUUCUUCCCCAUGCUCGGUCAAAAGUACUGCGGUCUGUCACUUCCGCCACCUUUGACCUCCACACAGAACAUGGUGUUCAUGAAGUUCAACACUCAGACUGGGUACAACAACUUUAGUCUGACCUACUCCUCGCAUCCGCAAGGUAAUCCACACCUUCAGCACAAUGGUACUGUCACAUGAUAUUACUCUCCUUUAUUACAUUACAUUGUAUCUGAAAUAUGCAUCUACAGUAGCAACGUUUGUAAAAAUAACAACAGACUUAUUUUCAUGACAGUGCUGUCAACCCAUCAUUAAUUAAAAUUGUAAUUUUUUUUUUAGUUACUAGACAUAGCUUUUAGGACAGAUUCUUCUAUACAAUGAGAAAAUCGUUCACGUCCCCCAACUCCACCUCCCAAUAUAUCUUUAUCUCACAAGCUGGAAGUUUUAGUCAAAUUUGGAAAGGGCUCGGCCUGCCACGUAUCUCAAACGAUAAACAUAUUCUUGUUUAGAAGCAAAGCUUAUUUUCUGUGCUUGCUCGCGCGUUUGCCAAAAGUGCACUUCGAUGGUCAACUAGAGACAACGAUAUUUACCGAACUUCAAUAUAAAAAAAAUCUUUUACAGUGAUCUUGCAGACACGCUGCAGAUGGGUACUAACAAUCCCUUGAUGUUUUGACUAAAAGGCACUGACAUCUAGUAACUACCAAGCUACUAAACUUUCUCGCACACAGUUUUCAUCCGCCUUCCUCCCACUUAGCGGGAAUUAAUUUUCGAAUUU